AUGGAGGACAUAGAUGUGCAAGUUGACGCGCCCCAAAUGGUUUCCAUAUGGGAGAGUCCUUUCUUGGAGUUCAAUCAUGAAGGCCGUCCAGUUAUAAAAAUCAAGGGCAGAACCGUGGAAAAUGCAUUGGAAAUUGAUGACUUAGAUGUCACUGAUCCUGAACCGCCUUUGUCCAUAGGCUGGAAAGUUGCUCGAAUUAAUCCCGCAAAUAAUUUUGAAGCAAAGAAACCUGGGAAUGGUUAUGCUUUGGUCCUGAUGCCCAAUGAAGACAAGAACGGUGUUGAAAACUAUGAAUUUUUUCAGUUGAAAGUCAACUUCAGAGUUAAUCAAAAUGAACUGAUCCACCUCUGGGACUUUCGUGAUCGGUUCAAAGGUCAACUUAUCCUGGACAAGGGUACGGUUAUGGAUGUCAUUGCUCGCAAGAGUUUCCCUGGAUUCCCAGUGGAACUCGAGCAUUAUUGUCGAGUGGCUCAGGCUAUGCUAUUGGCCACCUGGCUUGUCAAUCAAUUCAAGGAUGUGACAGAAGCGUUGUCUAUGCCCAGCACUCAACGGAAAUUAAUGCGUGGCUUGAGGGUUGUUUCCCACGUUUUAGCAUAUGAGGAUAAGCCUGGCAGUAGCUCAGUACACGAGCAUGACAUCUUCAUGCUUGAAGAGUCUUUGAUAGGUCCCUGUAUCCAUCAUCAAGAUGAUGGCAAUUUUCGGGCCAUCAAAAAUCCCACUUUCCAAGAGGAAAACGGGGUGAUGAGGGCACUUACCCACUGGACUUAUGACCAUUUCAAGGGUCAAGCUUGUCUUGCUGGAAUCCACACCAUUGGGAUGGUGAUCACAGAUAUAAAAUUCAUUGAAAGGCAAUAUAAUGAUUGGGCUUUUGGCAACUUGGGACACUCAGGUCUAAAGUCUUUUGAAAAUGGCCACAAAUGCUCAAAAUUGUGUGAUGAUCUGGGCCUCCGCAAGUUGCCCAAAGACCCAUCAUUGAUUGUAAAUUGA